AGGCCCCGCCCCCUCCCCACGACAACCCGGGGCCGCGCGAACAUGGCGGCUGCUGGCGCUGGCCGGUGAGGCGGUGUCCGGCGGGGACCGAGCACGGGGACAUGGGCGGUGGCCACGGCGGCGCCUCCCCCGCAUCUCGUUGAGGGUCGGGCGGGAACCGAGGGCCCAGCGCGCGGAGCCGGGCGAUGGAGACGAGCGGCGGCGAGCUGGGCGCUCUGGAGACCAUGGACACCCUCACAGAGCUGGGGGACGAGCUCACCCUGGGGGACAUCGACGAGAUGCUGCAGUUUGUGAGCAGCCAAGUGGGAGAGUUUCCAGACCUCUUCUCCGAGCAGCUCUGUAGCAGCACUUUCCCGGGAGGCAGCACCAGUGCCGGCGCCAAUGCCAGCACCGGGGGCUCCCCGGAGAACCUCUCGUCCAGGCCCUUCAGCCAGGCGUCAGUGGCGGGGGCGGCCACGACAGCGGCGGCCACGGCGGCAUCUACGACAGCAGCGGCAUCGACGGCAGGAGCGGCAGCUUCCUUCCCACAGACUCCUCCCGUGCAGAUCAAAGUCCCCCCCGCCCCGGUGUCUACCCCUCCUCGGCCCGCACCCCUGCUGCAGCCCCGCCUGCAGCCCCAGCCCCAGCCGCAGCCCCAGCUGCAGCAACAGACUGUGAUGAUCACCCCGACCUUCAGCACAGCCCCCCAGACCAGGAUCAUCCAGCAGCCCCUCCUGUACCAGAACUCGGCCACCAGCUUUCAAGUCCUCCAGCCUCAGGUGCCAAGCCUGGUGACGUCCUCCCAGGUGCAGCCAGUCACCAUCCAGCAGCAGGUGCAGACGGUGCAGGCCCAGCGGGUGCUGACCCAGGCCGCCAAUGGCACCAUUCAGACCCUGGCGCCAGCCACUGUGCAGACAGUCGCCGCUCCCCAGGUUCAGCAGGUUCCGGUCCUGGUGCAGCCUCAGAUCAUUAAGACGGACUCGCUCGUCUUGACCACGCUGAAAACCGACGGCAGCCCCGUCAUGGCGGCGGUGCAGAACCCGCUCACGGCUCUCACCACGCCCAUCCAGACCACAGCCCUCCAGGUUCCUACCCUGGUCAGCGGCGGCAGUGGGACCAUCCUCACUACCAUGCCCGUGAUGGUGGGGCAGGAAAAGAUGCCCAUCAAACAGGUGCCUGGGAACGUCAAGCAGCCGGAGCCCCCCAAGGAAGGGGAGAGAAGGACCACCCACAACAUCAUCGAGAAGCGCUAUCGAUCCUCCAUCAAUGACAAGAUCAUUGAAUUGAAGGACCUGGUCAUGGGGACGGAUGCCAAGAUGCACAAGUCCGGGGUGCUGCGGAAGGCCAUCGACUACAUUAAGUACCUGCAGCAGGCCAAUCACAAGCUGCGUCAGGAGAACAUGGUGCUGAAGCUGGCCAAUCAGAAAACCAAACUUCUGAAGGGCAUUGAUCUGGGCAGCCUGGUGGACAACGAUAUAGACAUGAAGAUGGAUGACUUCAACCAGAACGUUCUGUUGAUGUCUCCCCCGGCUUCUGACUCAGGCUCCCAAGCGGGUUUCUCCCCUUACUCCAUCGAUUCAGAGCCGGGGAGUCCUUUGUUAGAUGACGCUAAGGUCAAAGCGGAGCCUGACUCUCCUCCUGUGGCGCUGGGCAUGGUGGACCGCUCUCGGAUCCUGCUGUGCGCACUCACCUGUCUGUGUCUCUCCUUCAACCCUCUGACGUCGCUGCUGGAAUGGGGAGGGGCCCACAACUCGGGCCAGCCGGCCCCCGGGGGCUCCAGCCGGAGCAUCCUUUCCUUCGAUUCAGGUGCUGGCAGCUGGUUGGACUGGAUGUUCCCCACCCUCCUCCUGUGGCUCUUAAACGGCGUGAUUGUCCUGAGCGUUUUCAUCAAGCUGCUGGUGCAUGGGGAGCCCGUCAUCCGCAUGCACUCGCGGACCUCAGUCACGUUUUGGCGCCAUCGCAAGCAGGCCGACCUGGACCUGGCCAGGGGGGAUUUUGCCGCAGCAGCCUCUAACCUGCAGACGUGCCUGUCUGUCCUGGGCCGCACGCUGCCCACCUCCCACCUGGACCUGGCCUGCAGCCUCUCCUGGAACGUGAUCCGAUACAGCUUGCAGAAACUGAGGCUGGUGCGCUGGCUGCUGAAGAAGGUCUCUCAGCGGCGGCGCCAGGCAGCCGUGGCUGCCGGCGGCUUUGAAGACGAGGCGAAGACCAGCGCUCGGGAUGCCGCCUUGGCCUACCACAAGCUUCAUCAGCUGCACAUCACAGGGAAGCUCCCGGCCGGCUCAGCCUGCUCCGAUCUGCAUAUGGCUCUGUGUGCCGUGAAUCUGGCCGAAUGUGCCGAGGAGAAGAUCCCCCCAAGCACCCAGGCCGAAAUCCACCUCACAGCAGCCGUGGGGCUCAAGACCCGCUGUGGAGGCAAACUGGGCUUCUUGGCUAGCUACUUCCUGAGCCGAGCCCAAAGCUUGUGUGGCCCUGAGCGGAACGCCGUCCCCGACUCCCUGCGUUGGCUGUGUCACCCCCUGGGCCAGAAGUUUUUUGUGGAGCGGAGCUGGUCGGUGAAGGCGGCCACCAAGGAGAGCCUGUACUGUGCCCCCAGGAACCCAGCGGACCCCAUUGCACAAGUGCACCAGGCCUUCUGCAAGCACCUGCUCGAGCGAGCCGUGGAUGCCCUGGUGAAGCCGCAGGCCGAGAAGGCACGGGCCGAGCAAGAGGAGGAGACCUGCGAGCUGUCCACUGCCCUGCAAUACCUGAAGUUACUGAAUUCCUUUGUGGAUUCUGUGGGGGUCGUGGCCCCCCCUUUCCCAAACAGCUCAGUGUUGAAGUCGGCACUUGGCCCGGACGUCAUCUGCAGGUGGUGGACAUCUGCGGUCUGGAUGGCCGUUGGCUGGCUACAAGGGGACGAUGCAGCUGUGCGGUCCCAGUUCACCGAGGUGGAGCGGAUCCCCAAGUCCCUAGAAAUGGCUGAGAACCCCUUGGUGAAGGCCGUCUUCCACGUCUGCCGGGCCAUGCACACCUCGCUCUCAGGGAAGGCAGAGGCGCAGCAGAGUUCCUUCGGCCACUGCGAGAGGGCCAGUGGCCACCUCUGGGGCAGCCUCAACGUCAGCAGCGCGGCCUCCGACGCGGGCCUCACCCACGUGGUUCAGCUGCUCACCUGUGACCUGCUGCUGUCCUUACGCACUGCCCUGUGGCAGAAGCAGGCCGGCUCCAGCCCUGCCCUGGGAGAGACCUGCCAUGCCUCGGGCCCCGAGCUCGCCGGCUUCCAGAGGGACCUGGGCAGCCUGCGCAGGCUGGCACACAGCUUCCGGCCGGCUUAUCGGAAAGUGUUCCUGCACGAGGCCACCGUGCGUCUGAUGGCUGGAGCCAGCCCCACCCGCACCCACCAGCUCUUGGAGCACAGUCUGCGGCGGCGCACGGCCCAGGUGACCAAGCACGGAGAGGCGGAUGCCCUGCCCGGGCAGAGAGAACGGGCCACCGCCAUCCUGUUGGCCUGCCGCCACCUGCCUCUGUCCUUCCUCUCGUCCCCAGGCCAGCGAGCUGUGCUGCUGGCAGAAGCUGCCCGCACCCUGGAGAAGGUGGGGGACAAGCGUUCGUGCAGCGACUGCCAGCAGAUGAUCGUCAAACUGAGUGGAGGCACCGCCAUUGCUGCCUCCUGAGCGGCCACUGCCUCGCCGUCCCCACACCCAGACCCUCUUCUCUGGCUCUGACUCAGUCUGUGCCGCCUGAACCCCCUGGUGGUACUGUCUGGGCCAGGGGCUCCCUCCACUGCCAGCCUCUGCCCAGCUGCCCCUCCCUAGCCUCCCCUGAUCUGGGGCCCCCCGGAAACUUAGAAAGUUUCCUCUUUCAUCUAGACAAGAUUCUAGAGGCCUGGUGCCCGGGGGGGCAGCAGGCAGGACCCUCCAGGGGCCCUCUGUCCAUCCGUGCUGGGCCAGGGCCGCUUCGGGCCCCUGCCCAAGUGCGUGCUUUGGAAACACGCUGAUCUUUCCUCUGGCUUUCUGUGUGUGGUUUGCUGAGCCGUUAGGGGUGUGCUCGCCCCUUCUUUCUCCUGCUCUCUGUCCCCUCCUGUCUCUGACGUAGCCGUUAGUUCUUUUUCCCAUAUUAGAUGCGAUCGCUGUGGGGGGUGAGGGUGGUAGUCCAGAACCCAGCUCCAGGGGGAGUCAGAAAUGGGGUGUAGGGGAAAGAGGAGGCCGUCCUCAGGGCAAACAUGAAAUAAAAUCGUCAUUUUUUAAUUUUCUACAAAACACAAAACGGUAUCCUCCUUAAUUGUCCCCCUCCUUCCCUCUCUGUCUCUUUCUCCUGGGCUCUCUCCAGCUGGGCUGGGGCAGCUUACCAGGCCAAUGCUGAGGGGGGGCCGCCUUGGAAUGGCCCAGUGACACCGUCAGUGGGAUCUCCUGGAUGGUGGGGGGGCCUCAUUUCCAGUCCUUGGAUGCCCAAAUCCUUCAGCAGAGAGACGUGCUUUAAAGGGAAGUGAGUGGCUGAAGCCUGGCCUGAGAAGCCUUCCCAGGGCCUGUGCCCCCACCCAGUCCUCCUGGCUCUGGAAUGGGCAGGAGGGAAGCUGUCCCCAAAGCCCCUCUGCUCUCCCCACACCCAGGAGGGCUGUGCCCCGCAGGGUUCUGCUCUUGGGACAGAGAUGCUCUUUUCUUGCCCUCAACAAAUAACGCCCGCCUCAGGCCGGGACAGAGGCCCGGGGCUGGCUUUGUCCUUGUGGGUAGAGGCCUCCCCCUGUCCCCUCACAGCUCCAGGGGACCAUUGGGGGAGCCCAGGCUUGGUGGGCCCUCAGAUGGAACAUCACAGACAUAUCCGACAGGUCCUAGUGCCCGGCCAUCCCCACCUACAAUCAGAUGGUUAUUUUAUCACCAGGAACCCUUGGGUAGAAGACCCUUCCGGGGUGUCCUCAUCAUGCUGGAAGGCCUGGCAAUUCUGUGGCUUGCAGACCUUGUUUCCUGGUUGCUGGCAGUGACCAAGUGCCCUUGAGAGCCACAAACCAGUAGCUUUCACCAUGGACCAAACAUCCUCCUUGGCACUUGGUCACCCUUGGGGGUUGGUCAGCAGCCAUAUGCUAGAGGCUGUUGGGUUCCCAGCAGCCUUGGGCUUAAGAGAGGGAGGGAAGUCUGGGAAAUGGUGCCCUGCCACCUGCUGGGAGCAGCUGGAGAUGGGAUUGGGGCUCAGGGAAGACUGGAUUGGGUCCCCCCUCCUGGGAGCCAGCAUGGAGUGGGGCAGGUCCAUGGGGGACCCUUGGCCUUCCUUGUCUUAGAUGUGUUGGUGGAGGGUCCAAGCAGAGCCCGCUGGCCACUUGGCAGGGACACGAUGGAGGAAAUGGAACCUUGUACUGGCCAAGGGUCUGCCCCGGGCCUCCUGAUGCCCUUGCUGAGCCCUUUAUCCUGUCUCAGGCUUCUCCCCAGCCCGCUGACCAUGCGGCGGGUCUCUGCACCCGUUCUUAUUCUGUUAUUUAUGGCUGCAGUGCCAGUCCCAGCCGUUGUUUAUUUUACGUGUGUACAUAUGUGCCUUGUCGUU